AUGGCGGAGCAGGACUUCCUCGCUGUGAUUGAGCAGCUACCUUUGCAAACGACAAUGGCAUCCUACGGCGAAAUCUCCAGCUCCAAUCUCGUACAGCGCUGCAAUGGUUCCUUCCUGAACAACCUCGACGUCUUCGGCGCCAAGAUCCUCGAAGUCCAAGCAAACCCCGUCCACAACUUCGCCGCCACAUCAGCAGAAAUCGAAGGCACAAGGGUAAACGGCACCUGGAACGACCUCAACUUCUGCAACGUAACAGUGACAUACACCCACCCCGGCCGUCAUGACGAAAUCAACGUCUUCGUCCUACUACCCUUCGACAACUGGAACGGCCGCUUCCUUGGAACCGGCGGAGGAGGCUGGAGGACAGGCAGGCCGUGGGACCAAAUAGCUCCGAACACUGCAGAUGGAUGGGCCUCGGCGUCGACGGAUGGGGGUCACUCGCAGUACGAUAGUAGUGCGGAGAGUUGGAUUCUGGAUAGUAAUGGGAAUGUCAACCUGACUGGGUUGCAGAAUUUUGCGAGCGUGGCGUUGAAUGAUCUGGCAAUCACCGGGAAACAAAUCACGGCCAACUUCUAUCAGACAAAACCGAAGAAGAGUUACUGGUCAGGCUGCUCGACUGGAGGGCGACAGGGACUGAUGAUGGCGCAGAGGUAUCCGGAUGCGUAUGAUGGAAUCUUGGCGAUUGCGCCGGCGAUCAAUUGGGCGAACUUUUUGCUAGCGGAGUUUUGGGGUCAGCAGGUUAUGAAUGAGAUGGAUUAUUAUCCGGCUGAGUGUGAGAUUGAGGCUAUCACGAGGAGGGCGGUGGAGGCUUGUGAUGAGAUUGAUGGGGUGAAGGAUGAGAUUAUUAGUUUGCCUGGAUUGUGUGAGUUUGAUGCGAGGAGCCUGGUUGGGGAGGAGUUUGAGUGCAAUGGGGAGCAGAGGAGGUUUAGUAAAGAAGCUGCAGACAUCGUCAAUGCCGUUUGGCGAGGAGCGAGGAGUAAGGAUGGGAAGUAUGGAUGGUACGGUUUUACGCAUGAGACGGAUCUGACUGGUGGAACAUUGGGAACCGAAUGUUCAGGCAAUGCCAGCGUCUCAGCGUGUACCGGUGCCUUUGGUUCCGAACACAUCAAGUACCUCCUACUGAAAGACGAAGAUGCAGACCUCCGCAACUUCACAAACGAGGAAUACUUCUCCCUCUGGCAUCGAUCGAUACAAGAAUACACCAGCAUAAUCGACACUUCCGAUCCAGAUCUCUCAGCCUUCCGUGACCAUGGCGGUAAAAUGUUGACUUGGCACGGUCUGGCUGAUCAACUCAUCAUGCCGAAUGGGUCCUCGCACUACUAUCAACGGGUUCUCGAGCAGGAUGCUAAUGCAGCGAACUUCUAUCGAUACUUUGAAGCUCCUGGGGUGGCUCACUGCGCUGGUGGAACUGGGCCCCCACCUGCAGGAUCUCUUGAUGCUGUGAUUAACUGGGUUGAGGGGGGAGUUGCGCCCGAGACACUUCUUGCGAAGGGCAAGGGGGAUAUGCACAUGGAACGGAGAGUAUGUGCGUGGCCGAAGCAGCAGGUGUAUCUUGGUGGAGAUGCAGCAAGCGUUGAUAGCUUCGCGUGUAAGUGA